AUGGUCCCCUCGACUGGGCCUUUCGAAUGGGCAUCAACGCCGUUCACCAUGAUAGCGACACCGAAGCAUGUGCAGAAUCUGUCAGAUACCAAAACGGACGAAUAUGUGGAAGCGGCAAGUUCAAUGGCGGUGUUCCACAAUCUGCUAUUGCGAUCUUUGAACACGAUAUAUCUACAGGCGCCGCACGUCAAGGAUGGAGAUAAGAAAGCUUUCGUUGGGUAUGCGUACUGCUGGUAUGAUGCGAUCGAUGCGCAUCAUACAGGUGAGGAGCAAGAGUUCUUCCCCUGGAUUGAGGAAGCUGCUGGGGAGAAAGGGAUCAUGGAUGCGAAUGUUGAGCAGCAUAAAAUCUUCGAGAAGGGUAUCAAAGAAUACGGAUCCUAUCUACGAUCACUGAAAGGCAAAGAGAAGACAUUCUCAGGCGAUCAUAUGCGCUCCAUCAUCAAUUCCUUUGGCCCGCCACUCCACCAACAUCUAUCCGACGAAAUCCCGUCGCUGCUUGCGUUGAGAAAGUACGGCGACAAAAUCCAUCUCAACGAGCUAUGGGAUAAACAAAGCAUCGGAAAGUUUACGCUGCAUUCGGCGGCAACACGGAUCCCUUUCUACCUUUGCAAUCUGGACCGAACGUUCGAGGACGGGCUGUGGAAGGAUUUCCCAGAGGUGCCGAAGCUGGCGAAGGACUUCAUGGGGAAUUGGGUUGCGAGGCUGAAUGGCGGGUAUUGGAAAUUCGGGGCUUGCACGAUGACCGGUGUGCCGAAGGAGUUAUAUGCAAAGGGAAAAUAA